AUGGUCAAUGCGUGCGUAGAAUCACUGAAAAAUGUACAGUGUGGUACUUGCGAGAAGGGCAUCGCAAAUGGCACUGAAUUCUACGCAUUGCUCUUUGAUAAACAUCCGGAAUUACGUCACUAUUUCAAAGGACAUGAAAAUCUGACCGGUGAAGAGGUG